GUCAACACCAUUUUUUUCCUGCUUUCAUUAACAUGUGCGAGAAAUGAAGCGGACUCGAUAAGAGACAGUAACGUUGCGUUGGUCCGAGUUUUUUUUUUUAGGGGAAAAAAGACGAACCUGGGCUGCGAAGACACAUCGAUUUGGCCAGAAGAAGCCCCCGUCGUGUCAAGGCUUUGUGGGAAGCACGCUUUUCUUCUCCGAGGAACUUCGAAAGCUGUGGGGUUUUUUUUUUUUUUUUUUUUUUAAUCCUGAAACCCUAUCUAACAAAGGAUGAAAUCUGUCAAAAGAGUGUUUGAAGAGGAGCACAGUGGAGAGACGGAGUUUUCUGCCAUGUCCGACAGUGAUCCCUGUGAGGAUGACUCUUACCCACUCAAUCUUUCCACCGGUGCCCGUGGAGCUUCUGCCAAGCGUCGCCGCCGGGGGAACCUGCCUAAAGAGUCUGUUCAGAUUCUGAGGAGCUGGCUAUACGAGCAUCGUUUUAAUGCCUAUCCUUCCGAGCAGGAGAAGCUUAGUUUGUCAGGACAGACUAAUCUCUCCAUCUCACAGAUCUGUAACUGGUUUAUUAAUGCACGGCGACGGCUGCUCCCGGACCUGCUUCGGAAAGACGGGAAGGACCCGACUCAGUUCACGAUCUCCCGCCGCGCCAGCAAAUCAGACAGCCGGUCAGUGGGCUCCGCCUCCCCAGAACACUCCACCCCGCCACUGGUCCCCGCAUCUCGCCCCUCUGUCAUCCGCCCUGCCCCCACGUUGGACCUGAGCAUGCUGGGUAAUACAGCGACCGCCAUCUUGACCGGGGCUGGCUGCUUAGUGGGAUCAGGUUUAACAGGCCGAGAUGGUGGUGUCCAGACCCUCAUGCAGGUGGAUACUCGCGGCCUGAUCAAGAAAGAAAGUGUGAAUGGACCUUCUAAUCUAACUACUAUUCCAGGCUCUUCAUCCAGCAGCUCAAACCUGGGAACGAUGAGUCCUACUGUGGUGCUUUUCAACACGCCGCCCCCUACACCCCCAGAACUCUGCCCACAUGACUUCAGUGACCUCAAGCUGCUCGUAGAUGCAGCUCUACAGAGAGCAGCAGAGCAGGAAAACCAGAGACAGAAGGAGCAGUCUUCAGCUAGAGUACCCAGUUCUGUUCCUGUAUCUGCUUCAGCAACAGAAGCUCCAAGUCGAAACACAGAGCAGGAAAAGAGGCGUGAAAGCCUGAGCUCCGGCACCAAAUCUGACUCUGCUCCGAGCCUACAGGAGAAGGCCGUCGUCCCUGUCUCUGUGCCCGUGUUAAAUGCCUCUGCUUCUUCUCUUCCUGCCAGUAAAGCAGGCGUUAGCCUGCCAGUGGUCCCACAUAGAGUUGCCGGAGCAGUAAAUUUUCAGCCAAAUGGUGUGUGGAGUGUGGUCAGACCAGCUAGCCCACCCCCAACCAGUGUCACACACACCUGGAGCUCCCAGCAUACACUCCACGCUGUCAGAGAAGCAGUCAACUGAGAAAAUUGAAAUGACAGACAUAGGCAUUUAUGAAGGACAAAAAAAAGCAACAGCUGAGACAAGGACAUUCCACACAACCAAGACGAGAAUGAAACACUCCUCUGCUGGGAGAAGACAGAUACUCAUGUGGCCAGCAAUGUCAUCGUCGCCUUGACAGUCUCCAGUUGUCAUGGAUGACGUGGAACAUUUCACCUGACGGUUUGGAUAACCCAAAUAGGUCAUACACUAAGUUUACCUUUUAUUGACACAAAGGAUGUGUUUUUAAAGCAGCAAGCCUUUUAAAACUUUUUUUUUUCUGUUGUUUUCACUACACAAGAUUUAUUUCUGGGCCUCUUUACCAUUUCAGCCCAACAGCAGUUGAGAACCUUGAUCAGGCUCAGCUUAAAAGGGAAGUAAAUCUUCCAUUUUUAAAAAUCUUGAACAUUUUCAGAUCUGUCACAAACAGUGAACUUUCCACACCUGGAAAAGCCCUGGAGGAGUUGUGAUGUUUCUCAGUGUUGCAUAUCUCACUGAUGGGCGAGACAUUUAUGGUUUAUUUGCUUUUAGGACUGCCGUUAGAAGUUACCCAAGUGGCCUUGCUCAGUUAUUGCCUUAGAUAUUUGUUAAAGUAGGGGUAGGCGAUAUGGCAAAAACAUCAUAUCACAAUACUUGUUUACAUGAUACCUGAUUCGGUUUAGCUGAAGUUCAAUUUGAAACACUAGUGAAACAGCACGCCUACAUUAAUCUCCGAAGAGUGUUUUGUGAUAUGAUGCAACAUAAGAUCUACCAGACUUUGAUCUUGUUUUUGCCUAUAUGCUCCUGGCUUAGGGCUAGAUAAGUAGACUAUUAUGUAGCAUGGCUAACUAAUUUUUGUAUAUGACUCUUGAAUGCUCAUUGUGAACCAGCAUGCUAACAUUGGAUGCAAAUGCUGGUGAGAUAGAUGCCAGUGUGCAGACAGGGGCUUGGACUUGAUCCUGCUGAGUCUAGGAGGUUUUUUGUUUUUUUGUUUUUUUUUUUUUUCUUUGAAAACCCCUGGCAUGCUGCAGACUUAUUUGUUUGAUACCUCAUUCCAGUGGCCUGAAACCACUGCAAAUGGGACCACGACUUCCAAAUAUCAUCUUUCUUUUCUGUGUUUGUGUGGUCACUCAUACAUUCCUGCACUUUAUUUCUAAGUCUCUAUGUUGCCAGUACUUCAAAACCUUAAUAGAAGCCUUUUUUUUUUUUUUUUUUUUUUUUUUUUUUUUUAAAUUAAAAACAUUUUUUAAAUUUUUUUUAAAUAUGUACUCAAUUUUUUUGGCCUCCUCGAGUGCAGUCUCUGUGUGGUUCGGUCUAAGGGUGAGGGCGAGGAGACAGACGGUUGGGGAAAUUGAUUGCACUGCAGAGCGCAUAGCUCAGGCUGAUGGUUCCUCUGCAGUGACAUGGUGCGAGACGGCAGCAGAGCCGCCAUUGAUUUCCUGAGAGACGCUCCUUCCCAUCACAGACUAGCUUUAACUUCUUUUACUGAAAUAAAUGUGGAGCGUUUUACGGCGCUUUAGGUCAAGCAUUUCCAAAUACGAUAUGCUGAAUUUGUGUGUGUGAGCGUGUGGGUGUGUCUGAGACAGGGCAGAUGGUGUGAGAGAGAGGGAGAGAGAGCGAGCAGGAUGACGGUAUAUGUUAAAUGGCUCGGUGUGGGGAAAGUGGAGAGGAGACACUAUCAGUCUUAUGUUUCCGAUUCGCCAGUAGUGUUUUCAUAUCCUCAUCAGCUCGUGCUGUUAGCUUGUUCUUGGAUUCAAAUUUUUCUGUCGAGCUGAGGAAAACAUUUAUUCUACAAAGCACCUUUCACAAUGCUGGUAUAAAAUGGGUGCACAGCUGUGUUCACUGUAGUAAAGUUGAGUAUAAUAGCCUUGUUGACAUGGUAUCAAUUUCAGCAGGACCGUGUGCCUAUGAAUGUGAAAGAUCGCUGUAUUAAGGGUGCUGGCAAUUCUUUUUAGUUUAAGCUUUGGAGCAUUAUAAGAGGGGUCUUUUUUUUCUUUUCUUUUUUUUUUUUUUUUUUUAAAUCAUGUUUUAGUUCCUCAUGUUUUUUUAUUAAUGUUAUUAUAAUCUUGUCACACCAUUUAUAUGUUACGGUCCACAUUUCUUUCCAUGCCCAAGUUCCAUGAAGCGGUCAUUUCUCUUUUUGUUUUUCAAUGUUUAAAACGUUGUAGCUUUGUGCCUGAAUGAGUUGUAGUCACUGUAUUCAAUGCACACCAUCCUAGUUUACCUCCAGUGGUGCCAUUUGUCUUCUACCCCCCUCCCCCCGUCGUUUUAUAUCCGCUAACUUAUGUAUUUGUGAAAAUGCUGACAUUUUGCAAACAUCUAAUGUAAUGAGCUACCGUGUUAUUGUCUGGUUGAAUGACGGUUCUGUUUAAGGAAGGUGGCCUCUAAUCAGUGCUCUGUAUCCUGUUUUGGAGGGCAGCCCUUAUUUUCUGUAGUAUUGUAACAGUCUCUAUGUAUUCUCAUUAUUUCAUUUUUUUAUUUUAUUUUAUUUUUUUUAUCCGCAUUGUGUUCGCUCUCAGGUUAAGUCAGUCGUUCCUUUUUUUUAGCCUAGAUUUUAGCCACUGGGGCGAAAACGGAGAGUAUUAGAAAUCAGUAAUGUGCUUUAGACCAGUGUUUUGACAUGUUUGUAUGUAGCCCAGCUUAGGCUUUCUGGACAUGAGCAGUUGGCAUAAUAAUAAGAACAGUUUCAAAACCGGUGUACCACUACAUGAAAAACCACUGUGAGCUUUCCGUUAGUUACUGGGUUCCUGGAACAACAAUGGGUACUGGAUGUAUACGUAUAUUUUUCAGAGAUGCUCUAUUUUUUCACUUCUGUAGAAUGACUGAUGUUGAUUAUUCUAGAUACCGUGUCUAUUUAGUUGAGAAAGGGUCUUGUAGAUAUAAAGCGCAUGUUUUAUCGGGUCUGGUUUUUAUGUAUAUUAAAUGUGUAGCGCUCUCUCUGUCUCUCUAUAUAUGACCAAAUACUUUUAAGAUGGAUAUGAAUAGUAUUUGUUUCUUACAUUUUCCUAUCAGUGUAUCAAGUUUAAAAAAAAAAAAAAAAAAAAAUGUUUGGACAGUAAACUUGGCAUUUGUGCCUUACCUGAGAACAAGAGAAUCUUCACAGCUUUUCUAGAAAUCUUUGGACUAGUCUGUGCAAUAUCUGCCUUAAACUUGUGAUGUGUCCUCCUUCUUUUUGUAUAUUUCAGAGAAAUAAAGUACAAUUUUCAUAUA